CAUCCACCGCAGGCCGCAGAGAGAUGACCGCAGCGAGAUGCUACUCCGGGUCGCAGCGAGAUGUGCUUGAUCUGGACCGGGCAACACUUUCUUAACUGGGCCGCAGGUCAGCUGUUUAUACGGGCCGGAUCUGGACCAAAGGAAAUUUGCUGACUGGGAAAGGCUCCUCCACCGACAUGAGCGAGGACGCAUAUAUCCUCCUCCUCGCUACAAAUCUUCCAUCGACAAGUGCUUAUUACCAAACAAUUUUGUAAAUAAAGACGCGCCCCCUCCGCCGCCGCGUAGAGGACAAAACGGUUCAUAUAUGAAGAGAGGAAUUAAAGGAAAAAACAGCUUGCUAAGGGUUUCGCAGUCCUGCCAGAGGAGGGGCAUAUGGUGCUUUGUAGCAAUGCAGAUCCCGUGCUGCUGAUGCGCUUUUGUUACUGCAUAAUGGAUAACCAAGGAUAUCACCACAUCUCAAGGGAUUGCUUUAAACUUCUUUGGUGACUUCUUUUGUUAAAACGUGUCGUUUCAAAGAGAAGCUGAUAUCUGGAGGAGGAAAAGGAAUACGGCUGGGUUAUAGCAUACACGUCAAAUCCACCGGCCAGGGCAGGGUCGACGGUAGCAAGUUCUCUUUAAUGCAUCUACGGACUGCAAAUGCGUAAUGUCGUGGAGUGGUAUGGACGCACCGGUGAGAAAAGAAACAUGACUGAUCGCCUUAAGAUCGACGAUCUUUGUCUACCUUGAGCCUUUAACUUGUUCCUUUUAAGGAGAUUGCAAGCCGGUUGCCCCUUUGCAGCUGUGGGAGCAAAUAUUGACCAGACUCUGAGACAUCAGCACCGUUUGAAACCAUGUCUGGAGAAGUGCGUUUGAAGAAGCUGGAGAAGCUGAUUUUAGACGGCCCAUCUCAGUCCAACAGCCAGUGCUUCAGCGUGGAGACCUUGUUGGAUAUUCUCGUUUGUCUUUACGAUGAGUGCAACAAUUCUCCCCUAAGAAGAGAGAAGAAUGUUCUGGAGUUCCUGGAAUGGGCGAAACCUUUCACAUCCAAGGUAAAACAGAUGCGCUUGCAUAAAGAAGAUUUUGAGAUCUUGAAGGUGAUUGGAAGGGGUGCUUUUGGUGAGGUUGCAGUAGUUAAGGUGAAAAAUACAGACAAAGUGUUUGCCAUGAAGAUCCUCAACAAAUGGGAGAUGCUCAAGAGGGCUGAGACGGCUUGUUUUAGGGAGGAGCGGGACGUGCUGGUGAACGGGGACAGCCAGUGGAUCACAACGUUACACUUUGCUUUUCAGGAUGAUAACAAUUUGUACCUGGUGAUGGACUACUAUGUAGGUGGUGAUCUGUUGACUCUUCUCAGUAAGUUUGAAGAUCGUUUGCCUGAAGACAUGGCCAAGUUUUAUCUGGCUGAGAUGGUCCUGGCUAUUGACUCGGUGCAUCAGCUACAUUAUGUUCACAGGGAUAUUAAGCCAGACAAUAUCCUGAUGGACAUGAACGGUCACAUCCGAUUGGCGGACUUUGGCUCCUGUCUCAAACUCAUGGAAGAUGGAACAAUCCAGUCCUCUGUGGCAGUGGGAACUCCAGACUACAUCUCUCCAGAGAUCCUGCAGGCUAUGGAAGAUGGGAAGGGAAAAUACGGACCGGAGUGUGACUGGUGGUCUCUUGGUGUUUGCAUGUAUGAGAUGCUGUACGGCGAGACGCCCUUCUAUGCCGAGUCUCUGGUGGAGACCUAUGGCAAGAUCAUGAACCACAAGUCAUCUCAACCUAACAAUGAGGAGCGCUUCCAGUUUCCACUUCAAAUGGCAGAUGUGUCAGAAGAUGCUAAAGAUCUCAUCCGGCGGCUCAUCUGCAGUAGAGAACACCGGCUGGGUCAGAAUGGUAUCGAGGACUUUAAACAGCACCCGUUUUUCGCGGGACUCGACUGGGACAACAUCCGCAACUACGAAGCCCCUUACAUCCCUGAAGUCAGCAGCCCCACGGACACCUCUAACUUUGACGUGGAUGAUGAUUGCCUCAAAAAUUGCGAGACGUUGCCUCCGCCUUCUCACACAGCGUUUUCUGGACACCACCUCCCAUUUGUGGGCUUCACUUACACAAGCAAAUGCACACUUUCAGACCGAGGUUGUCUGCGGGAGUCCAUUGGACCUGCACAGGUAGAUGCCGAUCUUCAGAAAAGUCUUGAGGAGAGCCUGGCCUCCGAGGCCUACGAGAGGAGGAUCAGACGUCUCGAACAGGAGAAAACCGAACUUGCCCGAAAACUCCAAGAGUCCACUCAAACAGUGCAGGCACUACAGUACGCUGAUUCAGACGCCCCUGUGAAUGCUAAUAAAGAGGUCGAGAUCCAGAGUUUAAAGAGUGAGAUUGUCUUUCUGAAAAAGCAGUUAGCAGACUCUGGUCAGGCAGAGGAGCAGUUGGAGGAAGCCACCUCAGCCCGUAAAGAUCUCGAAGACUCAUCUAAGGUCAUCAAAAGUUUGGAGAAACAGCUCAAGGGUGUCACGCAAGAGAAAGACGAUCUGCACAAGGAGACGCUCCAGUUGGCAGAGAAGCUGAAGGCUCAGGCGAAAGAGCUGAAGGACGCUCACAGUCAGAAGAAGAUGGCCAUGGAGGAGUUCUCCGAGCUCAACGAACGGCUGAGCGACCUGCGCUCGCAAAAACAGCGGCUAAGCCGCCAGUUGCGGGACAAAGAGGAGGAGAUGGAGGGAGUCUCACAGAAACUGGAGGCCCUGCGGCUGGAUACCCGCAAGGCUGAGAGAAUGCGUAAAGAGUUGGAAGCCCAGGUUGAGGAGAACACAGCUGAAGCUCAAAAGGAGAGGAAGCUACGAGAGAGAACCGAACAAUACAGCAAACAGCUAGAAGAAGAGCUGGAUGGCAUGAAGCCAUUGAAACAGGCCGGGCCCACCAGUGCAGCAGCAGGCUCGGACCACCAGCCGGAGUUCAUCCGCAUCCGGACGGAGCUGGAGAAGAAGAUUGUGCAGUACGAGGAGGAGUUAAGUCGCCGGGAGACGCACCACAGCGGUGAGCUGAAGGCCCUGAAGAAGGAGCUCCGUGACGCUGAAGGCCAACACCUUACGCUCCAGAAAGAGAUUCUCAUGCUUAAAGACAAACUGGAGAAAACUCGCAGAGAAAGCCAAACUGAACGUGAAGAGUUUGAGACGGAGUAUAAACAGAAGAACGAAAGAGAGCGAGCCCAUUUUACGGAAGAGAAAAAUAAGCUUACCACUGAGGUGGAGAAGUUGAACUCUACGCAUGAGGAGCUGAGGAGUAGCCACAAGCAGUUGGAGGAGGAGAUGAGAGAACUGACUGAUAAACAGGAGAGUGUCGCCCACUGGGAGGCCCAGAUCACUGAGAUCAUCCAGUGGGUGAGUGAUGAGAAAGAUGCUCGCGGGUACCUUCAAGCUCUGGCCACAAAAAUGACAGAAGAACUUGAAGGGCUAAGGAACACCAGCCUGGGAGCCAGAGGAACGGACAUGCCAUGGAAGAUGAGGCGCUUCGCUAAGCUGGACAUGUCUGCGCGUCUGGAGCUGCAAUCUGCGCUGGAUGCCGAGAUCAGAGCCAAACAGAACAUCCAGGAGGAGCUAAACAAAGUCAAAGCGUGCAACAUUUCCACCGAAUGCAAAUUGCAAGAAUCUGAUAAUAAGAACCAGGAGCUGACGGCUGAAAUUGAAAGGCUGAGGAAAGACAUAGAGGAGCUGAGGACAAGGAGAGGUGUCAAGCAUCAAGAUUCCCAGAAUUCCUUCUUGGCGUUCCUCAAUGCGCCCACGUCUGCUUUGGAUCAGUUUGAUGACUCAUUUUCAUCCUCUUCAUCUUCUUUAGUUGAUUAUUGGGAUGAUCGAUCACCUUCUUUCGGUCCAGGACACAAAACCAGACGCCUUGAUUCUGCAGAGUUCACACCCUCCAACACUCCAUCACGAGAUGAAGAUUCAAGAUCUCGUCACAUAUCACGCUCUCGGUCCCCAUCCACCGUUAGUGACAUGGAGCCUAUUGAGCUGAUGGACCCCACAACACGUGGUCUUCAGACUCCAACAGGCAGAUCAUAUGGAAGUCUGGGACAUUCGUCACCUAAGCCCAAGGCACAUCAGUUUAGUGUGAAGUCCUUCACUGUUCCCACCAAAUGUAACCAGUGCACAUCUCUGAUGGUGGGGCUUAUCCGACAGGGCUGCACAUGUGAAGUCUGCAACUUCUCCUGUCAUGUCACCUGUGCUGAUAAAGCGCCCUCUGUAUGCCCCGUCCCACCGGAUCAAACCAGGGGCAAACUGGGCAUUGACACGCAGAGGGGCAUUGGCACUGCGUACGAGGGGCAUCUAAGGGUGCCCAAGCCUACGGGCGUGAAAAAGGGUUGGCAGAGAGUCUGGGCAGUGGUGUGUGACUUUAAACUCUUCCUGUAUGAGCUGGGCGAAGGGAAAGGUGCCCAGCCUGGUGUUAUAGUUAACCAGGUCAUCGACAUGAGAGAUGAAGAGUUUUCAGCGAGCUCUGUUCUGGAGUCUGAUGUCAUCCAUGCUAACAAGAAAGACAUUCCCUGCAUCCUCAGGGUAACAGCAUCACAAAUGUCCGCCACCUCGGGUCGGAAGAUGUGCAUCCUGAUGCUGGCCGACCACGAGCAGGACAGGACAAAAUGGGUGUCUGCUCUGAACGAACUCCAUCGCAUCCUGAAGAAAAACAAACUAAAGGAGCGUUUUGUCUACGUGCCUAAAGAAGCCUAUGACAGCACGCUGCCUCUCAUCAAAACCACCCAAAGUGCUGCUAUUAUAGAUCAUGAACGGGUUGCUUUGGGCAACGAGGAGGGCCUGUUUGUCAUCCAUGUCACCAAAGAUGAAAUCAUCCGUGUGGGUGACGUGAAGAAAGUUCAGCACAUAGAACUGAUGCCCGCAGAGCAGCUGGUGGCCGUGAUCUCCGGGAGGAACCGUCAAGUUUGUCUGGUGCCCAUGAUGGCUCUCGAGGGGCGGGAGGUAGACAAGAACAAGGUGGCGGACACAAAAAACUGUCAGGCGCUGGUGUCGGGUGUGGUGCGCAACAGCACUUGUUUCUGCCUUGUAAUUAAACGACAGAUCUCCUGCUUCGAGAUAAACAAGAGCAAGUCUCGCCACUGCCAUCUGGUGGACAUACAAGCUCCAGGAGCAGUUCAAUGGAUGGGACUGUUAAGUCAGCGCUUGUGUGUUGGCUACCCGUCUGGUUUUAUGCGCUACAGUUUGUAUGGGGAAUCCCCUCCGGUCAGCUUACUCCACCCAGAUGACCCCACGCUGGCCUUUAUAAGGACAGACAGCCUUGACGCGAUUUGUGCGGUGGAAAUCUCCAAUAAAGAAAUGCUGCUCUGCUUCAGCAAGAUCGCAGUGUAUGUGGACACACAGGGCAGACGUUCACGCCAGCAAGAGCUAAUGUGGCCUGCGACGCCCACCGCCUGCUGCUACAACGCCCCCUACCUGUCAGUUUACAGUGAAAAUGCAGUGGACGUGUUUGACGUGAAUACAACCGAGUGGAUUCAGUCCAUUUCUCUGAAAAAGGUGCGGCCUCUGAACACGGAUGGCUCUUUGAAUCUGUUGGGCUUAGAGACGUUCAGACUUAUGUACUUCAGAAACAAGACUGCAGAAGGGGACGAGCUGGUGGUGCCUGAAGUGUGUGACAACAGCAGGAAGCAGAUGGUUCGCAGCAUGAGCAACAAGAGACGCUUCUCAUUUCGCAUUCCUGAGGAGGAGAGACUGCAGCAGAGAAGAGAGAUGCUGAGAGACCCAGAGAAGAGAAACAAGCUGAUCUCAAACCCUACGAAUUUUAACCACGUGGCUCAUAUGGGUCCCGGAGACGGAAUGCAGAUCCUUAGAGAUCUUCCCAUGAAUGUCCGUGCCCAGGACAACCGAGCUGGAUUCAGCGGAUCCGUCAGCAUCCCCUCCAUCACCAAGAACCGGGCUGAACCUGGGAGAUCCAUGAGUGCAAGCAGCGGUCUAGGGAUGCGGUCCGCCUCUCAAAAUGGCAGCGCUCUAAGGAGGGAGCUGUCGGGCAGUAGCUACAGCUCUAAGCGGCAGACCAUGACAUCACCGUCCGAGAGCUCGCUGUCAUCGGGCGGGGGCAUGGACGCGGGCGAAGCUCCGCUUUCUCAGUUUGACAGAGAGUGGCAGGCUGUAUCGCCCUCGGAGAAGACCCCCGAUCUGAAAAGGGCUUUAAGGACCCUGCUUAGUAAGAUGAAGGACUCCGAUUCGCCACGGCACUCCACUGCAUCCAACAGCUCCACCUUCAGCAGUCCUCCAAGCCCCUCCUCCCCGCACAAGACCAAGUCCCUCUCGCUGGAGAGCACAGACCGCGCAGGGUGGGAGACAUGAUGGACUCGCCGAUGAACCGAUCACAAACAUUCUCUAUGGGUCUUCCUGUCACAGUGCUCCUCCCCCUUCCAUACAAUUGCACAACAGUCCCCUCCCAUUUCAUUUGCAUAAAGGAUCACCACUGAGGACUAGACAAGGACCACACUACAAUGAGAACAUGUGUGGAUGUGUAUGACAGCGUGAUUAGGACUUUGAAAUGGAUACGACCCUGCAAAGCUGAACUGGACGCCAAAGGCUUCAUACCUCCCAAUGGAAGACACUACUGCUAACAGAAGUUAUGGAUUUUAUUGUGACAGUUGUUUGUAUAUAGACCGGGUCAGGGGUGAACUUUUAUUUAUUUAUCUAUCAUUCAGCCAUUUCAACGUGGAAAUACUAUCAAAUUCCUCAAUCCGUUCCUCAUGGACCUUAUAGAAAUUGUUUCAGUUAUACAGUCCUGGAAUAAUUUAUCUGGAAAAAUAGCAAUGAUGUAUAUUUUUUAUUUGCGUUUAAAAGUGAUGUGUGCAGUGAUUUGUUUGUUAUUUCAGCCAAAUAGAUGAGAGACAGCCGAACUCUGUGGGAUGUGCUAUCAAGCAACCUCAUCUGUUGCCUCUGUUCUAGAUUUGUAGGGAUUUAUAGAAGCUUUCAGUGAUUCUGGAAUCCGUCAUUAUUGCCAGUCUUCAUGUAAUCUAAACCUCCUGAAAACCAACAUGACCUGUGAAAACACAUCACAGUAAUGUACAUAGGUUAAAGUAUAGUAUAAUAUAUAAUAAGGAAAUAUUGUAGAGUGGAAAAUCUCAUUGCUUUUAUUUUUAAAGAAUUAUUUUAAUAUACGUAUAUUAUACAAUACCAUUUAAAAAAGAAUCUUCAGUUGUGUCAGUUCUUUUAGACUGUUUUACUUUGAUUUGAGACAAUACUGCCUUUUGUAAUUUCAUUUACGCUUUCUUUUAAUUUUUAAGAUAUUUGUGAGACCCAGGCCAAGCUGUUUCACAACAACUCUGCUUUAACCAUAAAAGCUGCAUCAUGUCA